AUGCCGUUAGCACAACAUCCCCCCAAAACCGAAGUGGAACAUUACCAUGGAGAAGUUUUGUAUGAUACAAAUGACUUUCUAGUAAAGAACAGAGAUACAUUGUCUUCUAAUGCUAUUCAACUCCUUUCAUCAUGUAAUUGUGAACUGCUGAAGCUGUUCUCCAAAGUGAUUAACCAAUCCGAGGAGCAUGGAAACUCCACUUUCCAUGUUGGUGCACUAUACUCACAGAAGAGAGGUGUUGGAACAAAGUUCAAGGAUCUAUCGUUCAAGUUGAUGCAUCAAUUGGAGAGCACCACUCCUCACUUUAUUCGCUGCGUAAAGCCAAAUACUAAGAACCUUCCUGGAAUUUACGACAAGGAACUUGUCCUACAACAGCUCAGAUGUUGUAGAGUUCUAGAAGCUGUUAAAAUUUCGAAGGCUGGAUUUCCUACUCGAGUGAACCAUCAAGAAUUUUCCAGAAGGUACAAGUUUCUGCUUUCUGAGACUGAUAUACCUCAGGAUCCGUUGAGCGUCUCAGUUGCAGUUUUGCAAAAAUUUAAUAUCCCUUCUGAAAUGUACCAAGUUGGCCACACAAAACUAUAUCUUCGAGCAGGGCAGAUUGGUGCACUGGAGGAUAAGAGAAAACAGUUUUUGCGGGGAAUACUUGGGAUUCAAAAAUGCUUCCGUGGUCAUCAAGCCCGCAGUUAUUUCCGUAAACUUAGGAACGCAGUGACAACAUUACAAUCAUUUAUGCAUGGAGACAUUACAAGAAGGAAACAUGGUGUUUUGAUGAAAUCUUCCAUAACAAUUUAUUCUAAAAAACUUGAGGAGAUUCAUGCAAUCAUAGUACUUCAGUCUGUGAUUCGUGGUUGGUUGGUUCGUAGGGAUCCUAGUUACAUCAAUAGACUGAAGAAAUAUCAUGAAAAUGAAAAACCUAAACGGAACUCUUGUGUUCAGAUGUCAGAAGUUGAGCAGGAUUUGUCCAAAGAGCUGCUUCAGAACAUGCCUUCAGCUUUAGCAGAAUUACAAAAUCGCGUGUACAAAGCGGAAGCAAUUGUGGAGCAAAAGGAAGCAGAAAAUACUGAAUUGAGAGAACAACUAAAACAAUCUGAGCGAAAGAGGGAUGAAUAUGAGACAAAGAUGAAGUCAAUGGAGGAGGCUUGGCAAAAGCAGAUGGCAUCCUUGCAAUCGAGUCUUGUUGCUGCUAGAAAGAGCCUUGCUUCAGGGAAUGGCACUGUUCAACCUGUAAGACACGAUCUUGUGUUGCCUCGCCACUAUGAUUCUGAAGAUGCUUCUUCUAUGGGAUUUCGAACAACUAGUGGGAGCACACCUAUGAAGCUUUCUGGUAGUUUUUCCGUCUCCGAUGCCGGGAAGCAGGCUAAUGGUACUUUGACAACUGUAAGUAAUCUGAUGAAGGAAUUUGAGCAGCAAAGACAAACCUUCAAUGAUGAAGUUAAAGCUUUGAAUGAGAUUAAACCAGGGCAGUCUGCCAACACGAACUCAGCUGAUGAACUACGGAAACUUAAACAAAGAUUUGAGGGAUGGAAGAAACAAUACAAGGUUAGAUUACAGGAGACAAAAGCAAGGCUUUCCGAAUCCGAAAAAAGUCGACGAACAUGGUGGGGGAAAUUAAGCUCGAGAGCAUAA